AUGGCCACCACCACAGAGAUAUUUGGAGUAAAGAUCGAAAGGAACCCUCCCGAAUCUAAGCUCACUGAGCUCGAUAUCGCGUCUUGGCCCAAGGAAAUAGAAGUAGAUUGGGAGAAUCGAUGGGGAUGCUCGCCAAGCAAAUUUCCAUGGACAUUCACUGCCAAAGAGACAAUGUAUCUGUUGGAGGGAAAAGUUAAAGUGUACUGCGAGGGCCAUGACGGGUAUUUUGAAAUAGGAGCUGGUGAUUUGGUUGAGUUUCCCAAAGGAAUGAAUGUCACCUGGGAUGUCAUUGAAGCUGUGAAUAAGCACUAUAGCUUGGAGAAAUGA